AAGUCCAGCCUUUUGGCAAUCAGUUGGAGCCCUUCCUCUGAUCUGCUCCCACAGGGAUUUGCUUCCUGCCUGGGAGAGAUGACUCCAGCCUGGAGACAUUUGCUGAGAGCUUUGUGCCUGGAGACCUCCUGUCCCAGGAUCCCCAAGAUGCGCCUUUCCUUGAGCCGGGCUUUCUGGAUGUCUGUAACCAAGCUUGGUCUUCACACAAAACCCACAAUGCCUCCGUGUGACUUCACACCUGAAAGAUACCAGUCCCUUGCCUAUAACCGUGUCCUGGAGAUCAACAAGCAACAUCUUUCUCCUGUGCUGACGGCGUAUUUUCAGGAGCCUUUGUUGCUCCACCAGGGUCACAUGGAGUGGCUAUUUGAUCAUGAGGGAAACAGAUACCUGGAUUUCUUUUCUGGGAUUGUCACUAUCAGUGUUGGUCACUGCCACCCGAAGGUAAACGCAGCGGCACAAAAGCAGCUUGGCCGCCUGUGGCACACAAGUCCCGUCUUCUUCAACCCUCCCAUCCACGAAUACGCAGAGAAGCUAUCCGCGCUUCUUCCUGAGCCUCUAAAGGUCGUUUUCUUGAUGAACAGUGGCUCGGAAGCCAAUGACCUAGCCAUGCUGAUGGCCAGAGCACACUCAAACAACACAGACAUCAUUUCUUUCAGGGGAGCCUACCAUGGAUGCAGCCCUUACACACUUGGCUUGACAAAUGUAGGGUACUACAAGACGAAAAUCCCCAUUGGGUCAGGCUGUGAAUCAACAAUGUGCCCAGAUGUUUUCCGUGGCCCUUGGGGAGGAAGCCACUGUCGAGAUUCUCCAGUGCAAACAAUUAGGAAAUGCAGCUGUGCACCAGACUGCUGCCAAGCGAAAGACCAGUAUAUUGAACAAUUCAAAGAUAGUCUGAGCACUUCCGUGGCCAAAUCAAUUGCUGGAUUUUUUGUAGAGCCGAUCCAAGGGGUGAAUGGAGUUGUUCAGUACCCAAAGGGGUUUCUAAAGGAAGCCUUCGAGCUGGUGCGAGAGCAGGGAGGCGUGUGCAUCUCCGAUGAAGUGCAAACAGGAUUUGGAAGGUUGGGAUCUCACUUCUGGGGAUUCCAAACCCACGACGUCCUGCCAGACAUUGUCACCCUGGCUAAAGGGAUUGCAAAUGGCUUUCCCAUGGCAGCAGUUGUCACAACUCCAGAGAUUGCCAAGUCUUUAGCUAAACGCCUGCUCUACUUCAACACCUUCGGAGGGAGCCCCGUGGCCUGUGCCAUUGGAUCAGCGGUGCUUGAGGUGAUUAAAGAAGAAAAUCUACAGGAAAACAGUCAAGAAGUUGGCACCUACAUGUUACUGGAGUUUGCUAAGCUGAGGGAUGAAUUUGAAAUUAUCGGAGACGUCCGAGGCAAAGGCCUCAUGAUAGGAGUAGAAAUGGUGAAGGAUAAGAUGAGCCGCCAGCCUCUUCCUCCUGAAGAAGUCAAUCAAAUCCAUGAGGACUGCAAACACAUGGGGCUUCUAAUUGGCAAAGGAGGCAUUUUUUUUCAGACAUUCCGCAUUGCGCCCUCGAUGUGCAUCACUAAACCAGAAGUUGAUUUUGCAGUGGAAGUAUUUCGUUCUGCCUUAAUCCAACACGUGGAGAGAAAAGCUAAAUGAAAUUUUUAAAAAUAAAAAACCACAAGCCUCAAGAACUUCCCACUUACGUUCAAGGGUUAAUUUGGGGAAUUCCAGAACCACUGGCAU